AUGUUUCAACAGUUAAAUGGAUCAGCUUUCCACCCUAAAUGUAAUGCUAAUGGACAGGACUUAUUUAGAAGAAUCCCUUGUGAACAAGGAAAACUUUGCAUAGAUGAAGAUUAUCCUUGGAAUGUAAUUAAAAAUAACCAGUUUACAUAUGUUAUACAAAACAGUGGUCAACCCAGAUUUUGGUACAUCUCAAUAGUAUCAUGUUACUUAGAUGAAGACUCAUGUACUUGGCAUCACUAUACUGGAGCUCCAUCUUUGGAUAAUAAAACAUUAACAAGUGUUUCACAAACCAUACAGUAUGAUUUAUGGCUAGUUAAUGGGAGCCCAAAUAUGUCCUUUUAUAAUUCAAUGCUAUAUCAAUUCUCUUUUGACAGACAAAAUACUUUAGAAUUGUAUUUGAUGUUUUGGCUGUGUUAUAUUAUUCUUCUGCCAGUUCAAAUUUAUGCAGUAAGGACUCAAAGGCAUCCAGUUACAAAAUUAUUUACAUCUAGCUUGGUACUAGAGUUCAUUGCACUUUGUUUUAAUGUUGUACAUGCAGUGAAGUAUGCAGCAGAUGGAGUUGGAUUUGCUGGUUUAGCUGUAGCUGGGGAUAUACUUGAUAUCAUGAGCAGAACACUAUUCAUGCUUCUCCUUUUACUGCUAGCAAAAGGUUGGGCAGUGACAAGACUUGAACUGACAUAUAAACCACUAGUGUUUGGAGUAUGGAUGGUUUAUGGAAUAGUACAUAUUCUCCUAUAUGUUUGGAAUACAACUGAAGUGGAUAUAAUUGAAGAAAUUGAUGAGUACCAGACGUGGCCAGGGUGGUUAAUGCUCUCAUUACGAGUAGCCAUCAUGACUUGGUUUGUGUUGGAACUGCGCAACACUAUGAUGUACGAGCAUAAUAUGCCGAAACUUAACUUUUUAUUGCAUUUUGGAGCCUCGAGCCUCGUUUGGUUCGUGUACUUGCCGAUAAUAGCUCUUAUCGCUCUGCAGAUUAGCCCUUUGUGGAGAUUUAAAUUUAUCUUAGGUAUAACAUAUUCAGCAGACUGCAUGGCUUUCUUCGUCAUGGCUCACUUGCUGUGGCCGACGCGUUCUGAGCAGUAUUUGUUGCUGACCCCUUCUGACGAUACAGCUGGCAUAGAAGAGUUAGACGAGUUCAACGAGUCCCCGCAUGUCGUGCACAGUGAUACCGUGGCGCUCACUACUGCGGAGAGCAUUAACGCAGACGACGAAGAGGUUAUAUUUACACGACCGCACAAAAACGGCACCGUUUUCUCA